UGGGGCGGCGCCCCUGCUAGCGCCCCCUGGCCUGGCCCCUGCAACAAAUAUCCAUGAAUUUUAUCAUAAACAUCAACAGUACUGAAGGAAACAAGAAAAUGGUGGAAGAAGGCACAGAUGAGGGGCCGACAAAUGAACCAUUGAUUGUCAGUAGCUACAAUGGCGAUGGCUUAACAUCAAGAAAGUCCUCUCCCAUAACACCCUCUCUUGUUCUUGGCGUCACUGUCGCAGCCAAUGCUUCUUUUACUUGUGGCUACUCUGGUAGAUAUUCAGCACCAGCAGAGUCUGGAAUCAUAGAUGAGUUGGGUCUCACUGUGGCUGAGUGCUCAGUCUUUGGAUCCAUAAUAACAAUAGAGGAAUGGCAGGUGCAAUAGUUAGUGAGAAAAUAUCAGAUUUCUUUGGUCAUAAAAUUACAUUCUGGAUAUUGAACAUAUUCUACAUCAUGGGAUGGCUGGCUAUAGUGUUUGCUCAGGAAGCUUGGUCAUUGUAUGUUGGAAGGCUUUCACUGGGAUUUGGGACCGCAGUUUUUAAUUAUGUGGUAACUUCUAUAAGGCUUCUUCUCUCUACUUGAUGCAGUUCAGUAAUGUGAUCAAUAACAAUGUCGGAUUUAAUGGUCGCUAGGGACCUGUUUAUAUAGCAGAUAUAACUCCAAAGAAUCUUAGGGGAGGAUUUUCAUCAUUAGUUCCGGUAAAUUUAUAGUACUAUAGGGAUUUGAGUUUCAUAAUUUAUGGUGUAAAAUGGCCUACAAUUGUUGCAGAGGUUGUAAUGAAAAACAUAACGUCCAAAGGAAAACAAGUAGAUUUAACGUCCAAAGGAAAACAA